CAAGAUCAAGUCCAAAGUGCCUGGUGUCAUGAUAACCCAGUUCAGGGAGGAACUUCCAGAGGGAAUGACAACUCCAGAUUUCACCCGCAAACCCAUUGCUUUGACAAUUCAAGAAGGUAAAUAUGCAGUCUUUAAAGCCAAAAUAGUGGGCACCCCCACACCGACUGUAACAUGGAGCAGGGCAAAUGGAGAAAUUGUUUUUCACCCUGAUGUCUGCCAGCAAAAGUAUGAUCAAGCCACUCAAGAACACACCCUAGAGUUUCCUAAGGUAGCUCCAGAGGACGCUGACACUUACAAGUGUUUUGCAUCAAAUGAAUAUGGAAGGGCAGUUUGCACUGUUGUGUUGAAUGUUAUCGCGGUUGGAUUCUCUAAGGAGAAGGAGCUUCAGAAGGCUCAGGUAGAAGAUACAGCAGAAUUAAGAAAAAAACUUAAAAAACGUAAUCCAGACGGCACACGGGAGCAAAAGCCAAUAGAACAAGAGGAGAAAGUCUGGGAAAUUCUCCUUAGUGCAGAGAAGAAAGACUAUGAGAGCAUCUGUGUAGAGUAUGGUAUCACAGAUUUCCGAGGCAUGCUUAAGAAACUUACUGAAAUGAAGAGGGAGAGGGAGGAGGAGAUUGCAGAGUUUGUUUCACACAUUAGUUCACUGAAGCAUAUUGAAGUCAGUGACGAUGACUGUGCAACAAUUGAGUUGGACAUGGACCUCAAGGAUCCCGCCAGUAAGAUUUUUUUGUACAAGGAUGGCGUCAUGGUUCCAUUCACCAAAGAAGACAGUGAAGGGAUGAAACAUAAUCUAAAACAAGUUGGAAAGAAAUAUGUGUUUACUAUUAAAAACCUGGGAUCAAAUGAUGCUGGACUUUACUCUGUGGAUGUUGAGGGUGUCAAUGUAUUCUCAACAAAUUUUAAAGUUCCUGAAGUUGACUUUGCUGUCAAAAUACAAGAAGUCAAGGCUGAAGAACGAGGAGAUGCCAUGUUUCAGUGUGUCCUGACUGCUCCUUUUGAAGGACUCAAAUGGUGUGGGAAAAGUGCUCCAUUGACAGCAAGUGAGAAAUUUGAAAUUAGUGUCUCUGAAGAUAAGCUUAUCCACAAGCUGAUUGUGCGGGACUGUAUGCCUUUGGAUGCUGGUAUCUAUGCUGCUGUGGCAGGAAUCAAAUCCUGUAAUGCCUGGCUUAUAGUUGAAGACCCAGGGGUUCACUUUCAUGCUGGACUCUCUGACUGCAAAGCCAUUAUGGGAGAAGCAGCAGAGCUGGAGUGUAAACUGAGCAGUGAAGACUGUGAGGGAAUCUGGUACAAAGAUGGAGAGGAGAUUAAAUCAUCUGAUGGGAUAACUAUUUCCAAAGAUGGAAGUUUCCACAGAUUGAAAAUUCAUAAAGUUGAUGAGACAUCUGCUGGCAAAUAUAAAUUUGAGGCAGAUGGACGGAAGACAGAGUCCUUGAUUGUUGUGGAAGAUCCACCCAGAUUUGAGUCAGAAGAGCUGGAAGCAUUUAAAACACCAGUGUCGGUGAAAAAAGGACAGAAAGCUACCUUUAAACUCUCCUAUAUCGGACGGCAGCCCAUCAAAGUUCAGUGGUACCUGGAGGGUGAAGAGCUUUCAGAUGACUCAAAUAUUAAGAUUGAGCUAGGAGAAGAUGGAUCCACCCGUUUACUUUUGUCCAAGCUGCAACGCAAAGACAGUGGUGAAGUCAAGAUAAAACUCAAAAAUGAGUUUGGCGCAAUGGAAGCUGUCACCCAACUUGUUGUGAUGGAUAAACCCACCCCUCCGAUGGGACCUCUGGAGAUUGUUGAGGCCUCCUCCUCAGUAAUUGAUUUCAAGUGGAGACCCCCCAAAGACAGUGGCGGUUGCAAGAUUGCCAAUUACAUCCUUGAGAGAAACCAAGUCGGCCGCAAUACCUGGAAGAAGGUGGGCCCAAUUGGUCCCGAGGCCAAAUACAGGGACAGUGAUGUAGACCACGGCAGGAGGUACUGCUAUCGCAUCAGAGUGGAGACUGAAAUGGGCAUCAGUGAGCUGAUGGAGACAGAGGAUAUUCAAGCAGGCACAAAAGCUUACCCUGGGCCACCAUCUGCACCAAAGGUUGUCACUGCCUUCAAGGACUGCAUCAACCUCACUUGGGCUCCUCCUGCCAACACUGGAGGAACCAAUAUUCUGGGAUACAACCUUGAGAAGCGCAAGAAGGGCAGCAAUCUGUGGGGUGCAGUCAACCCACCUGAAGAAAUGAUAAGAACUAAGGGAUUUGCUUGCAAAGAUGUGGUCGAGGGGAUGGAGUAUGAGUUCAGAGUUGCUGCAAUCAAUAACUCCGGAGCGGGUGAAUUCAGCACACCGUCUGAAUUUGUGUUUGCUAGAGAUCCAAAAAAGCCUCCUGGUAAAGUCAUAGACUUAAAAGUGACAGACUCCACCUACACCACCCUGUCCCUGUCUUGGACCAAGCCCAAAGACAUCGAGGGCGAACAGGAUGAAGCCAAGGGAUAUUUUGUGGAGAUUAGGCCUGCGGAAAACCCAGAAUGGGAUCGCUGCAAUGCAAAUGCAAUAACAAUGACAUCCUAUACAGUGAAAGGCAUGAAGUCAAUGGCCAUGUACUGGGUGAGAGUCAUUGCUACUAAUGAUGGUGGACAGGGAAUGCCGCAAGAACUGGAUAAUUACAUCCUGGCUAUGCCUCCACCUGUGAGACCAAGAUUUACAGAUGCCAAACUCAAGAGUUUCAUGAUUGUGAGAGCAGGAAAUUCUGCACGGUUCAACAUCAACUUUGAGGCCUCUCCGUGGCCUGAGAUCACCUGGCUGAAGGAUGGAGUGCCAGUGUCUAAAAAAGUGAACAUCAGCAAUGCAGAAGGCCAGUCCCAGCUGCUGAUUCCUUCUGCCGAGCGCACAGAUACCGGAAUUUACACCAUCAUUGUCAAGAAUAUUGUUGGCCAAGAAACAGUCAGCAUUGAAAUUAGAGUCACAGACGAGCCCAGGCCACCAGGUCCUGUGGAGCUGGAUGAAAAUGUACCUGGCACAGUGACUAUUUCAUGGGCCGCAUCUCCAGAUGAGAAACGUGAUGACAGGCUGCACUACAUGGUGACUAAACGCGAUUCAGUCAAAAGAACAUGGCACACUGUGGCCGAUCGAAUCUUCAACAACAAAUUCACAGCCUGCAACAUAAUGCCAGGCCGGGAAUACCAGUUCCGUGUCUACGCAAAGAAUGACAUGGGGUCGUCCAAACCGUCUGAAUCACCAAAGUGGUUUGUUACCAGCAAAAAAGAGAAGUUCACCGUGAAAUUGCCGGACUCAAAGCCCUGUGACCUCCAGUGUCCUCCUAAGUUCAUUGUCCCUCUGAAAAUGCAUACGGCUCCACAAGGCUAUGAAUGCUACAUGAGCUGUGCAGUAAAAGGGGACCCAACACCACAUGUGACAUGGUUUCGCAACAAUAUCAGCCUGAAUACCAACACUAACUACUUCAUCUCCAACACCUGUGGAGUGUGCUCUAUGCUCAUACUGAUGGUCGGACCUAAAGAUACCGGCGAGUACAAGAUUGUCGCUGAAAACUCCAUGGGCAGAGCAGAGUGCACGACUAAACUGACAGUCAGAGAAUAAAUGGACGUGAUGAAGAUUGCCGAGCUGUUCUGAAACUCCAACAGAAUCCAAGUCUUUGUUGGUUUACAGAUAAUAUGCAUAUUUUAGUUAUCGACAUCAUCUCAUGUUUUGCAUCUAAUUAACAGAACAACAGCAUUCAUCUGAGUCUCUAAGGUACUCUUUCACAUCCAAAUGUCUCAAAUCACUAAGAUGUCUUGUUGGUUUCAAUUUUCAUCAUACAAUCUCAAUAAAAGAAAAGAUUAAACAACUGCGUGCAACUUUGCAUUUACAACUCAAUUAGAAACAGCACAGUGUGAUAAUCUACGUGUUUAACAGCAAAGAAUUUAUAGUGUAGCAUUGUAUAGCUUUUCUGAAGUGCAAUUUAAUAACACAUCAUACAGCCAUAGCCUGCUUCUGUCUUUUUAUUUCUUCUUCUCUGGAUUCUGAGUUUGUGUAAUGACUGAUCACUAUAACUUUUCUCUACUGCUACAUUUCUCUCUAGAACAGAAAUCACAUGAAACUGUUUUUUUGUAGGAUACCAUUCUUAUGUAGCUUUGUGUGGGUUUGGUGUAAAUAAAUA